AUGCCGCCUUCAAGCUCCAUUCUCCUGCGGUUCGAGAGCAAGAACGGGCAGUUCAGAUUGACCGUUAGCCCAACUGAUCAAUUUCCCUCUCUACUUUCCAAAAUUCUCGAUAACCUGCCCAAAGACGUCGACUCCCGGUCCAUCAUACUCUCGAACAAGCCGUUUGGUGGCGAAGACAGAUUGCUGAGCUCUCUGAAUGGCGUUCCUAUUACAAAAGUGGGCCUCAGACAUGGAGAUAAACUCUUCUUAAAAUACAGCGAACAACCUCCCAUGAACGGACACUCUACAGCUCCUGUCACAACUCCUUCACAACCGCACAACUCGUCGAACCGCUUAAACGGUAUACCCAUUUUACCAACAGAAGACUUGCCCAUCGCUCCCCUCCCUCAGACUUCUCCGACAGCUACCAUCAAGAGUCCUUGGGAAGUAGUACAUCAGUCAGAGUUGGACAACCGGUUAGACAAGCAAGAUGGCAAGAUAUCGCGGCGCCGUGACGAGAAAAUGUGCAGACACAGUCAGAAAGGGAUGUGCGAUUACUGCAUGCCACUCGAGCCUUACGCGCCACAGUACCUAGAAGAGAGGAAAAUCAAGCAUCUUUCCUUCCAUUCUUACCUCCGGAAGAUCAACUCCGCCACCAACAAACCCGAACUCAAAUCGUCUUACAUGCCACCCUUGAGCGAACCCUUCUACCGAGUAAAGCGGGACUGUCCGUCAGGGCACCCACAGUGGCCCGAAGGAAUCUGUACCAAAUGUCAGCCGAGCGCCAUCACUUUGCAGGCCCAACCUUAUCGAAUGGUAGAUCAUGUCGAGUUUGCGUCACCCUCGCUCAUCAACUCAUUGCUGGACUUUUGGAGGGCUUCAGGAUCACAACGAGUAGGCUUUCUCUACGGUCAUUACGAGGAAUACAAGGAGGUGCCGUUAGGUGUCAAAGCAGUGGUUGAAGCCAUCUACGAGCCGCCACAGAUUGAUGAACCUGAUGGAUGCACGCUGCAUGACUGGGAGAACGAAAAGGAGAUCGAUGAGGUCGCACGAUUAUGUGGCUUGCAAAAAGUUGGGGUCAUAUUCACAGAUUUGAUCGAUGCUGGAGCUGGAGACGGUACCGUGGUUUGUAAACGACACAUAGAUUCUUACUACCUGUCAUCGCUCGAAAUUGCCUUCGCAGCCCGAUUGCAAGCCCAAAACCCGAAGCCCACCAAAUGGAGCGACACUGGUAAAUUUGGCUCGAAUUUCGUCACUUGCGUCUUGAGCGGAGACGAAGACGGAGGCAUCGCCAUCACAGCAUUUCAGGUCUCGAACUCUGCCGUCGAGAUGAUCCGGGCGGACAUUGUCGAGCCUUCAGCAGAUCCCUCGGUCAUGAUCGUCCGCGGUGAAGAGGAGGACGAUGGCUCCACUAGUCGUACGCGAUACAUCCCUGAAGUCUUCUACCGACGAAUCAACGAGUAUGGAGCAAGCGUGCAAGAGAACGCAAAGCCUAGCUUCCCAGUCGAAUAUCUGCUGGUCACUCUCACUCAUGGCUUUCCCACUGAAUCGUCCCAGAUGUUCAACCGCUCAAAUUUCGCAAUCGAAAACCGGGAAGCGAUUGGUCAGAGCCAGGAAUGGAAAGCAGUAGCAACACAGCUCGGUGUGAGCGGAAGUAACAUUGAUGGCCAGAAGGGCAUAAAGGCUGUCUCCGACUUUCAUCUGCUAUGCUUCCUGCACGGCAUGGGCAUUCUCAGCAAGGAAGAAGAGGCCCUGCUCUGCCGUGUAGCUCGUACACACGACCUCGCGGAUGGGUUCCAGCUCCUUGAAACCCCUGGCUGGGCCACCUUGCUGGAAAUACUGCGGGAAAGCGGUGAGCGUCCCCCCAAGCGUCCUUUACGUUUUUCUCGUGAACCGAGUGUUGGUUAUGAUUUAGGUUCAGAUGGCGAACAGCUUGCUAAGAGGUUUAAGGGAGCUAGCUUGAGAUAG